CGGAGUUAACAGAUUCAGAGCAGACGAGCAUUAUCACGAGCAACGGGACCGCAAGCGUCGUCACCUAAAACCAGCAAACACUGCAUUUUCUCUCGUUAUUUAAUACACAAACGUCGUGGUUUGCUGUUCGCCACAUAACCUUGAGGGUUUUACAGUAAGGGAAGGAGACAUGUCUCAGGAAAAGCCCAGCUACCCUAUAAUGGGGGAAAACAACCCUCUUCACAACAAUGUCUACGGACCGCCCAAAACUGAUGUGUUUGGCAUGCCCCCACCCAACUACAGCCAGGGUCCAGCAGCACCUCCAUACGUGGCACCUGACCCCUAUAACCAGACUGGUUACGGACAGCCUGCUUUUGGGCAACCCGCAGCCCAGCCUGGGUUUGGCCCUGGACCCUACCCGCAGAUGCCGUAUCCACAGAUGCCCUACCCACAGGGGACCUAUCCUCAGGGGCCAUACCCACAGAGUCCUUACCAGCACGGGCCUGACCAACCUGGCAUUAGUGCAGAUCCCAAUGCAUCUAUUGGGAGUCCUGGUUAUCACACUGGAGAUGGUCCCCCCUCUUAUUAUGGCAACGACGAGUUUUCUAACUCAAACUGGGAAGAUAAGAGUAUCAGACAGGCCUUUAUUAGAAAGGUGUUUUUGGUGCUGACUGUUCAGCUGUUGGUCACCUUCUCUUUUGUUGCCAUUUUCACCUUUUCGACCGACGUCAAAGUGUUUGUACGUAGGAAUCAGUGGACGUACUAUGUGUCGUACGCAAUCUUCUUCGUGGCACUCAUCGUGCUCAGCUGCUGCGGAGAGUUUCGUCGCAAACACCCAUGGAAUCUAGUGGCACUGUCCAUCCUGACCCUGAGUCUGUCCUACAUGGUGGGCAUGGUCGCCAGCUAUUAUGACACAGAUGCAGUCAUCAUGGCAGUGGGCAUCACCGUUGUGGUCUGCUUUACAGUUGUGCUGUUCUCCCUGCAGAGCAAAUAUGACUUCACUUCCUGCUGGGGUGUGCUUUUCGUCUGUCUGAUUGUCCUGCUCGUCGCCUCCAUCCUCUGCAUCUUCAUUCAAAACAAAAUUCUCCACAUUGUGUACGCUUCCCUCGGUGCCCUGCUCUUCACCUGCUUCCUGGCUGUGGAUACCCAGCUUCUUUUGGGCAACAAGAAGCUGUCUCUUAGCCCAGAGGAGUACGUCUUUGGAGCUCUCAACCUCUACACCGACAUCAUCAACAUCUUCCUUUACAUCCUGGCCAUUGUGGGUCGCACCAGGGAAUGAGUGCGCCCCCGCCCUGUGGGAAGAGGGAAGUGCAGUCUAUCUUACACAGAAUGGUGUAUCACCUUAGCUCUCAUUACCUUUCCUCAUAUCUUUCGAGUCCUAAUUAAUUUUUUAUCACAUUCCCAAUAUUUAACAUAAUAUGUAGAGGCAGGUUAUAAACGGGCUUAAUGUCCUUUUCUGGGCUUAGCGGCAGUCAAAAUAACCAAAAAAAUACAUUUUUAGAAGUUUAUUAAACCCAUACGAAGAGUUUCAUGAAACACUCAUUUUUACCUUGUUCUGCUGCAUAGCAUGUUCUGUCUUUCCUGUUAAAACCGCUUGUGUGGUUCUAGAGAUGUUUAUCGUGAUAUGACAGCUGCAUUGCAGAAAUCUCACCUGACCUCUCUUAGCUUUGCAUCAAUGACAUCAAUGGGCUGAGCAUCGGGGUAGAAUUAUAUUUAGAGCCAUGAUACUGAUCCUAAUGUGCUCCACUAGUUAAUAACAUUUCUCUGCAUGGUAGUCUAACGCAGCAAAGAAUGUCGGACAGACAAAAACAGAUACUUCUCCAAACAUUUGCUGAUAUAGCUGUACAUAGUCAAUUAAUAGUUCACACCCCUCCAGAUCUAGGCAUGAAUAUGUGAAUGUCUCACAAAGUGUGUGUUUUCUAACCAUACUGCUUUGCGACAUAAUAACACAUAUACACUCCAAAAUAACAAAAGGUUGUUCAGGUGACUGGAUCAUCUACAGUAAUACUGUAAGCACUGACAAGUAUAAAAAAGUAUGUAAAUAGUUUUUUUUUUAGCAGUGUGCAGUUGUCAGGUCUUCAGGUCAGUAUUAAGAAUCAAUCACUACAUACUGUAACAUACUUGAUCUCUAAUUGCUUAUUACUUAACAGUUUUUUUUUCUUUUUGUUAAAUAGAUUGUGUGUGGUUGUUUGAGGAAAAGCAAUGUUUUCCUGCCUUUUAGCUGGUUUAACUGGUUGCAGGUUACUUUGCAAACAUUCCAUAUGCUGGAAAAUGUUUGCAGGAAAAACAUUUGCAGGAAAACUCCUACAAUGUAUGUCGUUGUGCAUAUUUGAAAUGUAUUUAUUUAACUGACAAGGAAGACUUGCAAAUGAUACAUGGUUUAUUGUUUUGAUAAAUUGAAUUUAGAAAUUGGAAGGAUUUAAAUCUUUGUUUAAACCAUUAAUGACCACUUUAAAAUGACAUGCAUUACUUAAAUGUAAUUACUUAAUGAUUACAAAAGUGUGUAAUAUUGGGAUAUAUUAAAGUUAGACUGAAGAAAAGUCACUCCAGAUUUUAACCUAAGAAUGUGAAUUGACAAUGAGUCACGUCUAAUUAACUUGUAUAUUUAUUAAUAAUCUGUUGACUUGUGUUUUUUCCACAUCACAUCGAUGUAACCAGCUGCAAUCUUCUGCCUUGCAUGUGGAACUGUUGCACAUUGAACUAGCUAUGACAGACAUGGUUGAAGACAAUAUUGACUUGUGUGGCAUAACUUUUUUUAUUAUUAAAUCUUUGUGUUUAUAACUAACUUUAGCAUAAGUAAAGCUAUAGUAGAUUGAGGUGUGUGUGGGCUUUGUAGAUCUGUUUGCUCUGUAAAUUUGCAUUAAACUGAAGUAAACUAGA